AUGACAGUGUAUGGUGGGGUGGAUGUGAAAAGAGCAUUUGUAGGAGAAAGGUGCAAUAGAAUUGUGAAAUUUUCAUGGGCACCUGAUUUGCUCAUCUUUGGUGCCCAAAAUUCUGCCACUAUAUUCUCCCCCAAGGUGAAUGGAACCCGAAUUAUAUCCAAAGAAGAAGAAUUGGAGUUAGAAAGACAACUAAAGCUCAUAAACAAACCUCCUGUUAAAAGCAUUCAGAAAAUAGAAGGGAGAAGAAUAAUUGCUUGUCCGUCAGGAACAGUUCCCAUUCGUAGAACAACAAAAGCAGACCUCAUAGCAAUUAGGUCAAUGUCAAAUAACAUUUAUCCUCAAACAACAAAAGUUCCCAAUAUGCAUCGUGCAGUUAUCCAAAUGCGAACCAUUGAAAAUCACAGAUACAUUGGCGUUAAAGGAAACAUCAAUGUCUAUAAUCCUGUAGUUAAGGAGGGAAGUAGCUAUGCUGAAAUGUAUGUCAUGAAUGGCGCAGACGAAAAGUUGAAUUCUAUCACAACAGGAUGGAUGGUUUCUCCAGGUACAUACAAGGGUACUCCGUAUUCUUAUUUCUUUACAUAUUGGACGACUGAUGGUGCUCAAAAGACAGGCUGCUUCAACAUUCGUUGCCCAGGUUUUGUGCAAGUUGACAAAAGAGUUUAUCUUGGGUCAGCAAUAAGUAAUGUAUCCAUUCCUAAUGGUCCUCAAUUUGAGAUUGGACUCUAUAUUUCAAAGGAAGAAGAUGGCAAUUGGUGGGUAACAAAAGAUGACAUUAAUAUUGGAUAUUUUCCAGCAGCAAUAUUUAAUAAUUUUACUGAAGCCGAAACUGUUGGUUGGGGAGGGCUUGCUGUUAGUCUCCCAAAUGGAAUUAGCCCACCCAUGGGAUCCGGAAUAUUUCCAGAUGACAAUUAUAGCCAUACAAGUCAAUUUAGAGCGAUCCAGUAUAGAAAUAGUUCCGGAGAACUAGAUGGACCUCAUGAAAAUACUUAUGAUACUAUCAUUGAUAGCCCUGACUGCUAUCUCAUAGAUUUUCAUGGAUAUAUAGGUGAGCACGAGGGAUACACAUUUGGAUUUGGUGGACCUGGUGGAGAUUGUGGCAUUUAA